AUGGCUGUUGAAGAAACUGACACCCAAGUGAUCUUGACACAUCCCAACAAUGACAAAACAACCGUGAAAAUCCUCAAGUACGGUGCCACGGUCAUCUCAUGGAAGGAGAAUGGAGUAGAGCAACUUUGGCUUUCGGAAGGCGCCAAAUUGGACGGUUCCAAGCCAGUCAGAGGUGGUAUUCCUCUCGUCUUCCCUAUUUUCGGCAAGCAAACCGAUCCUAGCCACCCUACCGCGAAAUUGCCCCAGCACGGCUUUGCAAGAAACUCCACUUGGGAAUUUUUGGGUCAAGUCAGCGAAAGCCCCGUUGCAGUUCAAUUUGGCUUGGGGCCAGAGAAUGUGGACCCGGAAUUGUACAAGCUUUGGGCUGACGGCAAAAAUGACUUCACACUUAUUUUGACUGUGACUUUGUCGGAGGACAAUCUCAGCACCAAGAUUGAGGUGGAAAACACUGGAAAAAACGACUUCGAGUUCAAUUGGUUGUUCCACACUUACUACAGAGUCCAAGAUGUGACAGACUCCUUGGUGACCAACUUGAUGGAUUCUACUUGCUACGACCAGUUGCUUGGCGAAACUUAUACUGAAAAGGCACCAAUGCUUCAGUUCCACGAGGAAUUCGAUAGAAUAUACAAGCAGGUGGAUCUGCACAAGGUCAUCCAGAUUGUGGACAAGGGAAAAGUCUUAUUGACCUUGGAAAGAGACAACUUGCCUGAUGCCGUUGUGUGGAACCCAUGGAUCAAAAAAUCGGAAGGCAUGGCCGACUUCCAGCCAAAGAAAGGAUACUUGAACAUGUUGUGUAUUGAGCCUGGCCAUGUGAGCUCAUUUGUCAAGCUUGCCAAGGGAAAGAAGUGGGCAGGCGAGCAGAAGAUGACACCAUCCGGCGAAAUCAAUGUUCAAACUAACAUUUAUUCUGUUUAG